UCGAGUCGGGAGGGCUGCUUUCUUUUCAACCUCCGUCCCUCCCUCCACAUCCAAUUAUUCCUUCCCAUCAAUGGAGGUUCCUGGACUGCCGUGUUUCCCUCCACUCCGGCGAGCCUGAGAACUGAGGAAGAGAGAAACCGGUGAGGAGACCCACUUUUAUCGAUGGGAUAACGAGGCAGAAGAUUUCAUUCAGAGGCAAUGUUGGUGUUCCUGGGUCACACAAGGAAGUGAAAUUUACUGGCGGAAUGAUGCAGGGAACGCAACAUAUUUAUCCAAAUGACACCCCUGUCGUCUGAUUUUCAUUCACCUUCUCGCUGUGUGGGUCGCUUUUCCCUAGGUGGAAAAAUGCAUUGAAUGAGGACUGGAAAAAAAUUGGAAGCUGCUUUCUACACACACACGGGGGAGAUACACGGGGUGAGGUUUGAACAAACCCUCGUUCUGCCUCUCCUGUGUAUUUCGCUCGGAUGAAUAUUGAUGUGUAGUCUUUUUCUGGGAAAGGUUCGUUUUCCCACUGAACUAGACGAGCAAGGAUGUCUUCCCGGCUCACGUUACCGUCCCCGAAUGAACGGAGCCUCGAUCAUCAUUCCUCGCACAUGGAGAGCCGCUCGGACCGAGGCUCCACCUGGUCCAGCCGUUCCCUGGGCGCACGUUGCCGCAACUCCAUCGCCUCCUGCACGGACGAACAGCCCCACAUCGGCAACUACCGCCUGCUGAAGACCAUCGGCAAGGGCAACUUCGCCAAGGUCAAACUGGCCCGGCACAUCCUGACUGGCAGGGAGGUGGCAAUAAAAAUUAUUGACAAGACUCAACUAAACCCCACAAGCCUGCAAAAGCUCUUCAGAGAAGUGCGGAUUAUGAAGUGCUUGAAUCACCCGAAUAUUGUGAAGUUAUUUGAGGUGAUUGAAUCAGAGAAGACUCUCUACCUGGUGAUGGAAUAUGCAAGUGGAGGUGAAGUGUUUGACUACCUUGUGUCUCAUGGGAGGAUGAAGGAGAAAGAGGCCAGGGCCAAGUUCCGACAGAUCGUGUCGGCAGUGCAGUACUGCCACCAGAGAAACAUUGUGCACCGGGACCUGAAGGCCGAGAACCUUCUCCUCGAUGCUGACUGCAACAUCAAGAUCGCGGACUUUGGCUUCAGUAAUGAGUUUCAGUACGGCAGCAAGCUGGACACCUUCUGCGGGAGCCCCCCAUACGCUGCCCCCGAGCUCUUUCAGGGCAAGAAGUACGACGGUCCCGAGGUGGAUAUCUGGAGCCUAGGGGUCAUCCUCUACACACUGGUCAGCGGAUCGCUGCCCUUCGAUGGUCAGAACCUGAAGGAGCUGAGGGAGCGGGUGCUCCGGGGGAAGUACCGCGUCCCCUUCUACAUGUCCACUGACUGCGAGAACAUCCUCAAACGCUUCCUCGUGCUCAACCCGGCCAAGAGAGGCACCCUGGAGCAAAUCAUGAAGGACAAGUGGAUAAACGUUGGCUGCGAUGGGGAUGAGCUGCGGCCUUACACGGAACCCGAACAGGACCUAGGAGAUAACAAACGCAUAGAAGUAAUGGUUGGAAUGGGUUACACACGAGAGGAGAUUAAAGAUGCCUUGACCAAGCACAAGUACAAUGAAGUGACAGCCACCUACCUCCUCCUGGGCAGAAAUACAAGUGAGGUGGACGCUGUCGAUUCCCACACCGGCAGUAACCUCUCGUUGGCCAAGGUUCGGCCCAGUAACGAGCUGAACACCAGUACUACGAGCCAGAGCUCGACGCACAGUAGGAGCCAGCGAAGCUCAUCCACCUACCACCGGCAGCGUCGACAUAGCGACUUCAGUGGACCGGCAGCCCUGACCUCUCACCCGAAGCGCAGCCAAACCAGCACGGCUGACCACGAGCUGAAAGAAGAACGCAUUCCGUCCCGCAAGUUGACGGGCGCGACGGUCACCGGCAGCAGCAGGAGUGGAGUUCCCCCCUCAAGCCCAAUGGUCAGCAGUGCCAAUAACCCCAACAAGUCGGAGAUCCCCGACCGGAGGAAGGUCUCGGGCACCACCAACAAUAAUAUCCCGGCCAGCGCCAUGAGCAGGAGGAACACGUACGUGUGCACCGACCGGACGCCCAACGACAGGCAGUCGCUGCUACAGAACGGGAAGGAGAACAGCUCAGCGGUUCCCCGUGCCACACCGGCCUCGCCUUCCACCCACAGCAUCGCCACCUCCACCGACCGCACCCGCUUCCCACGGGGGACCUCCAGCCGCAGCACCUUCCACGGGGGUCAGCUCCGCGAACGGCGAGGGGGGGCGCAGAAUGGCUCGCCCACCUCGCCCACCCAUCCUGCCGACGCCACGCCGCUGCCCCAGAGCCGCAGCCGAGCCUCCUCCAACCUGUUCUCCAAGCUCACCUCCAAGCUGACCAGGAGGGUCACUAUUGACCCAUCAAAACGUCAGGGUGCCAACAAACCUGUGCCAGGGAACUCCCUCCCGCAGGGACCCAAGACCGUUAACGAACCUGAGAGAAGCUGGAGAUCUGAGGUCACAAGUUGCAAUGUACCUUGGGAUAAAAAAGAGGCAAAGCCCAGGUCGAUCAGACUUACAUGGAAUAUAAAAAUCACCAGCUCGCGGGACCCUAGCGAGAUGAUUGGUCUGAUCUGUAAAGUCCUGGAGGCAAAUGGCUGCCAGUUCCACCAGCAGGAACCCUUCCUCUUGUCCUGUGCCCAUGGCCGUGAGAACACAGAGCACUUUGUCCAGUGGGAGAUCGAGGUCUGUCGUCUGCCCAACCUCUCCGUCAAUGGUGUGCGCUUUAAGAGGACCUCUGGGACCUUCCUGUCGUUCAGGAACAUAGUGACUAAAAUCACCAGUGAAUUGAAGCUCUAGACACACAAAGACUCCUUGCCCACAUCGUUUCCUUCCACCUUUCAUUUUGGAUCUUCACGCACACUCGCGCAGCCACCCAUCUCGAGACUGCAAGUGUUAGGAUUCCUCCGCCACCUCGAUGGGAUGUUCUUUUUCCCACUGUUGAGGUUGAGCUCCCAUCUCAGAGGAUUUGGCCACUUAUUUGAGCCCUGAUUAAGUCUAGUAUCUGCCGUGGGGUUGGUUGGGUUGACACCAUCUGACUAAUCUUCAGCUGGGUGGGGAGGGGUGGGGAAGAGUGGGAGACAGCAGCAAUGCUGAAGAAGGUGAGUGUUCUGGGGUACAGCACUGAGAGCGUCUCAGUCUGGCCCUUAACCCCACCUGUGUGCCCUCCACCCCUGAUCGGAAAGGAGGGCCGUGCCGGAGAGAGGCCGGGGCUCACAGACAAUCUCGGAAGAGACAUUUACGUUGAAAAUGCAGAGAAUCUGGGCUUCAGCAUGUGGGAGCCCGCAGUACAUCUGUCGGCUCUGGGUCUUGAGACAGUGUCCUGGUUACCGUCCGGAGUGGUGGCGGUGCUGAGGACAAAUCCAAAGGUUUGUAGAUGAGCCCCUGCAUUUCUUUUUCAAUAUCCCUCUCCCACUUUCGCCCUCACCACGUACUAUGCCUUACCCUCUGACUCUCCCCACAAGCCCCUCCCCUUCUCUCCCAUAAUGUCCUCCCCUCCCUCACCCCCUCACUCUUUCCCACCACACCCCCCUCACCCCCUCAGCUUCUCCCUGCCUUCCCUUACCCCCUUCUCUUGCCCUCUCCCAAACCUUCCCCUCCAGUGUACCCGAUUUUAAGGGAAUUUCUCAAAACAAUAGCGCUGUGAUUAAUGGAAUCAUGCUGUGCCUUGAUGCAGUGAACGUUUCACCCCCUUUCCCUCUCUCACUUGGGCUCCUUGCUGGGGUGAACAGUCCCACGAUACAGGCUCACCCUGUUGUCGUCAGGUUAUCAUCUUCAAAUAUUCUCAACUGCGUCUUGAAGUAUCAAGAACGUCCUCCAAGCCAGGUGUAACCAACCUCUCACCUGAUCACUUCCUCUUCAGAGCCAGCGCAGCGGCCAUGUGAAGAUCUGCAGACUGGGGCGGGGUGGGGGCCUACACUCUGGUCCACAGAGUGACCUCAGCCCAGGAGGCUCUUGUGUUUACAGGAAAGAUUUUGGGAAAUCAGGAACAAUCCCUUGCUAACCUGUUCCUCCUACUUCAGGACUUGUUGGGAGAGAGCCCAUUAUAUGUACGUGUGCUUGUGUGUGUGUAGUAUUUGUGUGUGAAGGAACCACACUUGCUGGUGUCCCUGUUCAGUCAGAGUCAGCUUGGCCUUUGAAAUGUGGGGACUUGUACUAGAUUCAACAGGUGGGUGUCAGCUGGGAGAUGUAAACCUCUCCCAUUUUGGCAUAGUGUGAUGGGACAGUGUAGAGGGAACUUCACUCUGUAUCUAAUCUGUGCUCUCCCUGCCCUGGGAUUGUGUGAAGGGAUGGUGCAGCAGGAGUGUCACUCUGUAUCUAACCCAUACCGUCCCUGUCCUGGGAGUGUGUGAUGGGACAGUGUUGAGGGAGCUUCACACUGGGCAGGGAUACUGAUACAGAAGGUGCAUCUAUUCACAUUGCCAACUUCAAUGAGGACAGAGAGAGAAACAAUUUCCCAAACCGGGGUCCACUGAGAUGAGCAGUGGGUUAGGCUUUCGGUGUGAUAUGUCACCGGGUAACUUGCUGCAGGCCAGAUGAUUGCUCGGACAUCAGGUGUUCAGUUGAAGGGGUCUUGGUGACAGACCAGCACCUGAUCAGUGGUUCUACACCCAUGUUCAGGCCACCAGUGCCCCCAGUCAAGGGAAGGCCUUUGGGUCAGCAUGGUCACCCUUCCAGAGGUUGGGGACAAACCUGUUAGAUCCCUCUGCAGUUACUGUGGGCUGGCAUGGAAUGACUCUGCAAUGGUUGACCCAGGAAGUUAGAAGAGUUUCACUGGUGGACCAAGUGUGUCCCACACUUGAACCGGGCCGGGGCAAAUCUGGCUGGGCAUAUUCAUGGCCCCAGGACAUUGCCUGUCUCUCUUACCUCUCUUAUCUCCUCUGACGCCUUGCUUGCUUGGACCUAUCCCCACCCCACGACAACCCCUGCAGACAUCCACGAGAAUGGAGCAAUGGUAUGGCCAAAAAGAAGGCAUUACUUUUUGAACUGUUGCUGACUACUUGCAGGGACUGUUCCUUUUAAGAGAUUGCUUGUCUGACCAGGGUUGCUGACAGGAGAGUGUGCAUAAAAAGCCCCCUCCCCAGCAUCCCUUUCUAUAACCGGCUCCCAGUCAAUACGGCCCCCACUGUAAACUAUUCAACUGCAGUGGGCUGCACUGCCAACCUCCACUGAAGCUGCAGUCCACACCAGGAGGGGUCAUAAGGUGCAGAAAACUUUCCCCCUUCCCUUGUACCCACUAUGUCCACCAGGAAGCCCUCUGGAGGCAGUCAACUCCAGAAAGGAAGGGGUGGUGCUAGACUGAGAUCCUCUCCCUCUCUUAAACAUUAAAAAACUAUUAAAUAUUUAAACACUUGAAGCACAAACGUGGCUUGUGAUACAACCUCAUUUCACUCACAUGGUGUAAAUUCCUUCUGUUUACCCUUGGCUUCCGUUUGCUGUAAAUUCAUUAAAGGGAUCAAGUUUGGAGGAAUUGGAGCUAGUUAGCUCUCUUGCGCCAGACUCCUCAGAAAAUGGUUGUUUGGGGCCAGGUACAGGGGGACGGUUCUCCAGGUCCCAGCACCAAUCCCGAACACUCGGCCUUCCAGCACGGAACCACUGGCAUUCCUGCAGUUCCAGAUCCUAUUUUUUCCUGGAUUUCUCCCAGGUUUAGGCCACAGCCGUGUCCUGAAUACCAGUUGCUGGGAGCGUUAGAGAAUGCCUGGAGAUAUGUUUAACCUCAGCGGGUAUUUUAUCGUUUUUAAUCAUUGUGUUUCAAAGACCAUCACAGUGACUCCAACCAUCUCAGGCGAGAGGGUCUCCCUGCAUUCGACCCUCCCAAGCACCCCUCACCCACUCUAAGUGUGAGCCUCAACCUAGUUCAGAUAAUGUGAAUCUGAUUUCCGAAGAGGAUAUUGAACUGUAUUUAAAACAAAAACCUGUAUAAAGGAACCACAGAACUUGCUCGUAACUGUAUUAUUCUGUAGAAAACACUGGUUGAUUUUCCAGAGGUUUUAAAAAGUGCUAAGUUAUUAGAAGUCCAUCCCUCUAGAUAUUGAAUUAAGUUGUAUAUAUAUAUAAAGAUUACUUGA